GUUAUCUCCGUCUGCCAGACGGAUAUCUCCAUUUGUACAGUUGGCAUCAGCAUCUGUGGGUCCAGAAAGAGAGAUAAAUACUGCAGGAAGCACUUUACACAUGCAGGAACUGAACUGAACGGCAGGGAAGAAAUUCAGUUUUUAGUUAGUAGUCAACUACCGUAUCGGAGAUUCAGUCUUUAGUUAGUAGUCAACUACCGUAUCGAGAUUCCGUCUUAGUUAGUAGGUCAACUACCGUAUCGGAGAUUCAGUCUUUAGU